AUGGAGCCCAAGUCCGGCAAGCUGCACAAGCUUGGAUUGGGCUUGUUUGGUCCCAAAUGGACCGAGAAGUGGGUACAUCUGGACGGCACGUUGCUCAAAUGCUUCCCCAUGGCUGUAGAGCAGCAAGUUUUCUCACUCGGCAGCUCGCGUCAGAGCAGCUCGUAUGAGCUCACAGACUACAAGCUCGCAGUGGCGGACGAGAAAAAAGUGAACCGCAAGUUUGCCUUCCAACUAGAGACUAUAGCGAAGUCGUCGAAGCCAGUGACGUUUGCGUGCUCGUCCGAGAAGGAAUUGGCGGAGUGGCGAUUCGCACUUACAACGCGACUAUGUCUUCCAUCUGAUGCUCCAGUUUCUCCGGUGUAA